GCUUACAUUUCUUACCUGUCCCUCUUUGUUCUCUGGCCCAACAUGACCGAGUACGCCACUGACCCCGAGGCUAUCCAUGAGUUCCUCACGGCGCGCGACCGCACGAACAACUGGGUCAGUGUUCACUCACAGGGCAUCCACUUCGCCGCCCCCUCCUCCCCGCCGUCUACGAUUAGCGAUGACCCAGACGCGCCAAGCUACGGCCCGAGCGAGUCGGACUCCGCCAGCACACACUCGCUGCCCCCGCGCAUGGUGCUACGGUAUCCCGAUGGUCGACCAGACGUACCCAUCUCGUCCGAUGGCGCACCCUCACCAACAAGUAGUAGGCGGGAUUACAAGUACGGACCACAGUCUUCGUCUCACCACUCGCGAUCUCGAUCCGGAUCUCAGGCCCCCCCGCCUGCGCAUCCUGCGGAUAUCCCUCCUCCCGCUCGCUACGCCCAGACGCUCUCGUACGCCACUGGUUCAAGAUAUGCACCAUCGGCACACCCCCACAUAACGCCACCACGGUCACCGGAGAGCAUCCGAGUUCUGCCGUCGCGGCAGGCCGAGGAUUCCCAUUCCCCCAUUCGCGUGCAGGCGUCUAACACAUCACAUCGUUCUCGUGGCCCUGCAGCGCAGGCUAUCUUCCAACCUCAGGGCCACCCAACCUCAAUUCACCCGAGCACCCACAACGAUAGAUACCCUCCCCUCGCAGAUCCCCUUCAUACGUCCAACCGUAGCGUCAUCGCACCCACGCCGCAGCACCCGUCUGCGUCGGCCCAGACCACAUCGUAUGCUGCUGCCCCUGGAGGGAUCGCGCAGUCACAUUCCCAACCGGCUUCUGCAUCGUAUACCAGCGGUUCGCGGUUCUACGAGCAUGCGGGGACUGCAUCGAGGGUACAAUCACAACUUCCAUACACGUACGCGCCCCCUGCGAUUGUCUACGCGCCGUCCUCCCGCCACCGGGGCCCAAAUUAUAACCCCCCCGCAAUCGUGUAUUCCCCCUCUUCACAUGGUCACCAUCGCCGCGCACCUGCGCCAGGAAUAGCGUACAGCCGUUCCGAUCCCCUACCUCACCCGACUCAGUAUUCGCCACAAGCGCAUGCCGGCGGCACCCCCUUCCCCUCUGCGCACGGCUCGUCGUCGCAUCAGUCGCAAUCUCUCUCUCAUCGGCGUUCGGACUCGCGCGAGGAUGGUCGUGCGAGGAGCCGCGCGUCGAGCGCCGUGCGCGGCCGCCCUCCUGCGCGCGACAUGGCCUACUCUCAGCCCGCGCGCGCCCGUACCCGAUCCCCAACACCUUCUCUGAGCGAGAGCGAUACCGCGAGCGACACCUCUGGCAGCACGUACUACGUCCUUCCCUCCCCAGGCCAAAAGGUCCAGAUCGUGGUGCCGAAUUCUUCGUCCGUGUACACGACGCCUGGGCACAAGUCCCCACGCUCGCCGUCAAGCGCGAACAGCCUGAAAAAGCCGUUCUUCCAGCGACUAUUCAGCCGCGGCUCUGGCUCGGUGGACUCUCGCGGAUCCAGCAGCCAGGGUAAGCGGUUGAGUCGUAGGCAUACCGUUGGUGGUACUCAUCUGCACCCAAGCCCAAGCCCGGGGCGGUAGAGUGUUUGGGUCGUGGAGAUAGGCGUCGUCACCGCGCGAUGAGAUCCCGUUGUACCACUUAGAACGCCCUUCGCGACAGAAGGGCGAGUCCGAUACCUCUGCGCCCUGCUCUUCGCACCGCACAAUCCUCUCCAGCAUGCCCAUUCUCACUCUCACUAGCCCCGUCUCCGUCGCACGCUCUUUACGCUCUGACUCUCUGCCGCAUCCUCCCACCUGCCACAUCACCUGCCUCUCCUUGACGCGCACGCUCACGCUCUCCGGUCCUGGGACUUUGCCGCAUCAGCCCUCCCACUCUCACAUCUCUGCUCGCAUGUACGUUGUUACGCAUGUACGCUGUCUGCCCUGUACGAUUACGCACCUGUUACAUACGAUAGCUUAGAGAAUUGACGUCUGUUCGUAAUAGCUGCUCACACC